AUGAAAGAUCCUUGCUUCUCCAGUCCCUGUCAAGGAAAUGCCACUUGUGUGAACACUCCGGGAGAAAGGAGCUUUCUGUGCAAAUGUCCUCCUGGGUAUAACGGGACAACCUGUGAAACUGUCACUAGUUCCUGUGGCAUGAACUCCUGCCAACACGGAGGUAUCUGCCGUCAGGACCCUGUUCACCCUGUCUGCCUCUGCCCUGCCGGAUAUGCCGGAAGAUUCUGUGAGAUGGACCAUGAUGAGUGUGCUUCCAGCCCUUGCCACAAUGGCGCUGUGUGCCAGGAUGGACUCAAUGGCUACUCCUGCUUCUGUGUCCCAGGAUUUCAAGGCAGGCACUGCGACUUGGAAGUGGAUGAGUGUGUUUCAGAUCCCUGCAAGAAUGCGGGGACGUGCCUCAAUGAGAUAGGAAGAUACACUUGUGUUUGUCCCCGAGAUUAUUCCGGUGUCAACUGUGAAAUGGAAAUUGAUGAAUGUUGGUCCCAGCCCUGCCUAAAUGGUGCAACUUGUCAGGAUGCUCUGGGGGCUUAUUUCUGUGCCUGCACCCCUGGAUUUCUUGGUGAUCACUGUGAACUCAACGUUGACGAGUGUGCCAGUCAGCCGUGUCUCCAUGGAGGGCUAUGUGUGGAUGGAAGCAACAGAUAUAGCUGUAACUGCAUGGGUAGUGGAUUCACAGGGACACAUUGUGAGACCUUGAUGCCUCUAUGUUGGUCAGAACCCUGUCACAAUAAUGCUACAUGUGAGGACAGUGCUGACAAUUACACUUGUCACUGCUGGCCUGGAUACACAGGUGCCCAGUGUGAGACCGACAUCAAUGAAUGCAGCAGUAAUCCCUGCCAGUCUGAUGGGGAAUGUGUGGAGCGGUCCUCAGAGCAACAGUAUGGACGCGUUGCUCAGCUGCCUUCCUCAUUCAGCUACCCUGAAGCUUCAGGUUAUGUCUGUAUCUGUCAGCCUGGAUUCACAGGAAUCUUCUGUGAAGAAGACAUCGAUGAAUGCUCUUCAAAUCCUUGCCAAAAUGGUGGUACUUGUGAGAACUUGCCUGGAAAUUACACUUGCCAUUGCCCAUUUGAUAACCAUUCUGGAACAUUUUAUGAAGGAAGAGACUGUUCUGAUAUUCUCCUGGGCUGUACCCAUCACCAAUGUCUAAAUAAUGGAAUAUGCAUCCCUCACUUCCAAAAUGGCCAGCAUGGAUUCAGCUGCCUGUGUCCAUCUGGCUAUACUGGGUCACUGUGUGAAAUUGUCACCACCCUCUCUUUUGAGGGCAAUGGCUUCCUGGGGGUCACAAGUGGCUCAGUUACAGCCGAGGGCUCAGUGUGUAGCAUAGCCCUCAAGUUUCAGACUGUUCAGCCAAUGGCACUUCUACUUCUCCGAGGCGACAGGGACAUGUUUGUAAUGCUGGAGUUGCUAAGUGGCUACAUUCACUUAUCAGUUCAAGUCAAUAACCAGUCAAAGGUGCUUCUGUACAUUUCCCACAACACCAGCGAUGGAGAAUGGCAUUCAGUGGAGGUGGUGUUUGCAGACACUGUGACCCUUACUCUACUGGACGACUCUUGUAAGGAGAAAUGCAUCACUAAAGCUCCUUCCCCAUUUGGAAAGGAUCGAUCCAUAUGUGCUUUUCCAAACUCCUUUUUGGGUGGUUUACCAAUGGGAAUGAACAGCAAUGGUGUUGCUCUGCUUAACAUCUAUAAUAGACCAUCCACGCCUUCCUUUGUAGGCUGUCUCCAAGACAUUAAAAUUGAUUCGAAUCAUAUUACCCCAGAGAAUAUUUCAUCUGGCUCAUCCUUAAACAUCAAGCCAGGCUGUAUGAGAAAGGAUUGGUGUGAAAGCCAGCCUUGUCAAAAUAGAGGACGCUGUACCAACUUGUGGCUUAGUUACCAAUGCGACUGCCACAGGCCCUAUGGAGGCCUGAACUGUCUGAAAGAGUAUGUGGCAGGCAGAUUUGGCCAAGAUGACUCCAGUGGAUAUGCUGUUUUUAAUCUUGACAAGAGUUACGGAGAGAACUUCACCCUCUCCAUGUUUGUUCGAACACAUCGACCAUCAGGCUUACUUCUAGCUUUGGGAAACAGCACUUACCAAUUCAUCCGUGUUUGGCUAGAGCAUGGCAGACUAGCAAUGCUGAAUCCAAGUUCCCCCAAAUUAGUCGUAAAGUUUGUGCUUAGUGAUGGAAAUAUCCACUUAAUAUCUUUGAAAAUCAAGCCAAAUAAAAUUGAACUGUAUCAGUCUUCACAAAACCUAGGAUUUAUUUCUGCUCCUACUUGGAACAUCCAAAGAGGAGAUGUCAUCUACAUUGGUGGCCUGCCUGACAGACAAGAGACCGAAGUCAAUGGUGGAUUCUUCAAAGGCUGUAUCCAAGAUAUAAGAUUAAACAACCAAAAUCUGGAAUUCUUCCCAAAUUCAACGAGCAAUGCAUCCCGCAAUCCAAUUCUUGUCAAUGUGACUCAAGGAUGUCCAGGAGACGACAUGUGCAAGGUAGGAUUAUUCAUACCAGCUAUAGAAACUGAAGGUGAUCCUGUAGUGGGACCCAGAGGAUCUGGGUACCAAGCUUCACUGUUUGACUUUGUGAGAGGGUCUUGGGCAUCAAGAGAUACCUUUGAUUUCUCUUCUGCUCAGUCCAAUCCCUGUCACCAUGGAGGUGUUUGCUAUUCUCUUUGGGAUGACUUCUCAUGUUCUUGCCCUGUGAACACAGCUGGGAAAGCCUGUGAAGAUGUUCAGUGGUGCGAACUCAGCCCAUGUCCUUCAGGAGCCCAGUGCCAGUUGGUGCCUCAAGGAUUUGAAUGUACUGCAAAUGCUGUUUUUAAUGGACAAAGCAGUGAGAUAUUAUUCAGAAGCAAUGGGAAUAUUACCAGAGAACUCACCAAUAUCACAUUUGGCUUCAGAACAAGGGAUGCGAGCGGGAUCAUAUUGCAUGCAGAGAAGGAGCCUGAAUUCCUUAGUAUUAGCAUUCGAGAUUCCAGAUUAUUAUUUCAAUUGCAAAGUGGCAACAGUUUUUAUAUGCUGAGUCUGACAAGUGUGCAGUCAAUGAACGAUGGUAUAUGGCACCAAGUGACUCUUUCCAUGACAGACCCACUGGCCCAGGCCUCCAGGUGGCAAAUGGAAGUGGACAACCAAACACCUUUUGUGACCAGUGCAGUUGCUACUGGAAGCCUCAACUUUCUGAAGGAUAAUACAGACAUUUAUGUGGGUCACCGAGCUAGUGACAAUAUGCAGGGCCUGCAAGGGUGUCUAAGUACAAUAGAAAUCGGUGGCAUUUAUCUCUCUUACUUUGAAAAUGUCCGUGGUUUCAUUAAGAAACCUCAGCAAGAGCAGUUUCUGAAAACCUCUGUAAAUUCAGUGGUUACUGGCUGUUUGCAGUUAAAUGCCUGCAACUCCAACCCUUGCUUACAGGGAGGAGAUUGUGAAGAUAUCUAUAGCUCUUACCACUGUUCCUGUCCCUUGGGAUGGUCAGGGACACAGUGUGAACUCAACAUCGAUGAAUGCUUUUCAAACCCCUGUAUCCAUGGCAACUGCUCAGACAGACUUGCAGCCUAUCACUGCAAGUGUGAGCCUGGAUACACCGGUGUGAACUGUGAAGCAUUUAUAGACAACUGCCGGAGUCACCAGUGUGCAAAUGGGGCCACCUGCAUCAGUGACGCCAAUGGCUAUUCUUGCCGCUGCUCUGGAAAUUUCACAGGAAAAUUUUGCAGACACAGCAGAUUACCCGCAACAGUCUGUGGGAAUGAGCAGACAAACCUCACUUGCUACAAUGGAGGCAGCUGCACAGAGUUCCCGGGUGGAUUCAAAUGUGUGUGCCGGCCAGGUUUCACUGGGGAACGGUGUGAAAAGGACAUUGAUGAGUGCGCCUCUGAUCCGUGCUUCAACGGAGGCCUCUGCCAGGACCUUCUCAACAGAUUCCAGUGCCUCUGUGAUGUGGCCUUUGCCGGCGAACGCUGCGAGAUAGACUUGGCAGGUGACUUGAUCUCGGACAUUUUCACCGCCAUCGGCUCUGUGACGUUAGCCUUGUUGUUGAUCCUCUUUCUGGCGAUUGCUGCUUCUGUUGUCGCCUCCAACAAAAGGGCAACUCAGGGAACCUACAGCCCGAGCCGUCAGGAAAAGGAGGGCUCUCGAGUGGAGAUGUGGAGCAUGAUGCCACCCCCAGUGAUGGAGAGGCUGAUUUAG